AUGGCAGUUGACAAUACUUCUGCAUCAGAGAACCAUUCAACUUCAUUCGAUCAACAAUCUGGAACUUCAUUAGGAGCCUCUGCUUGCAUUGAACAAUUGCUCCAGGAAAUCAAUCAAUUAAAGAAUAAUCUUGGACCAUGGCUCAAUGAAAUUUUUGUACAAAACCAAGAACCAGAAAGUAAUAGUACCCCUAUCGUUUCCAAUACAGUUGUUGCAAACAAUGAUCAACAUGUUAACACAGUUCAACUUCAUAAUACACAUUAUGUCGAACAAAUUGACCAAAGUUCUGUUAACAUCUCAUCUAUCGUCCCAAGUACCUUAUCAAACACUACUGAAAAUUUUCCAAUUCUUUCAGCAUCAACAUUAGCAUUAGUUCAAUGUGAAGCACCAGAGAUUCUCAAUCAGCCAAAAAAAGAAUGGCACUACCGAAACAUGAAAGAUCUUGCGAAAAAUCAAAUUCCUCUUUUAGCUGGUGAUGGUUCUCAACGUAAAUUGACACGCGUAAAAGUUCCUCCCCAAGGCACUUAUUCAAUGUAUUUGGGUAUUAAGGUGCAAACUUAUGAUAGUCGUGAACAUCGUUCAAAAAUACCUGUUCCUGAAGGUACCACUGUCAGUAUGGAUUUAUUUUCUAAUGACAACAAUCUCGAUCGUCUACAAUUCGAUCGAUGUGAUUCAACAGAUUAUUUCGAUCGAGAACAUGCAUACGUUUAUUCAAAAAUUAGUUUGGAAGAACAUGAAGCUGGUGAAAAAGAGUAA